AUGGAGUGCACCGACAAGGAACGCCUCGCUUGUGUGACUUUUCAAUUAACGGGGCCCGCAGAUUUUUGGUGGGAUACCAAGCUAAGAACAAUGAACCCUGAACGUCGUGAAGCGCUUACUUGGGAGAUAUUCAAGGAAGAGAUAUACAAUAAGUACGUUCCCAUGAGCUAUAGGCGAGCAAAGAUAGUUGAAUUCCAUACUUUGAAGCAAGGGAAUAUGACGGUGACAGAGUACGACCGUGCACUGUGUGAAAUGACUCGAUAUGCUCCCGAGUUGGUUGAUACAGAUGAGAAAAUGGCAGAAAAUUUCCGUGCUGGUCUCAAGCACGAAAUAAGGGUAGCAGUGGCAAGUCGCAGAGGACUUUCAUAUUCUGAGAUUUUGGCUUGUGCAUUAGAUGUGGAAGAAGCGUUGCCUAAGGAGAUGACAGUAGCAAAUACUACACCAGUGCCACUUCAACAACAUAAUUUCAGAGAUAAGAGGAAAUGGGAUGGAGAUAGGACUCCAUAUGAUAACAAGAGGCAGCAACCCAUCAGAAACCCACUGCAGUACGGAGGUAGGCAGAGUGCUCCCUAUCAGAGGGUUGACUUCCGGCCUAGAGCCCCUCAGUGUGCUAAGUGCUUUAAGAGCCAUUUUGGGGAGUGCAGAGAAAAGAGCAAUAUAUGCUACACUUGUGGUGGAAAUGGUCACUUCUCAAGAGAAUGCCCGAGUAAGAUUAUGGGGAUGGGAGCAAGACAGAACAAUCAAGGGUUCCAUCCGCAAGCGUGGGCACUACAAGCUGAACCGAGGGGAUACUUACCCGCACCACAACAACAACAGCAGCAACGUCGCCAAGGACUUCCCACUCAAGCAAGGGCAUAUGCUUUAAAAGGGAAACAACCUACGAACCAGCAAGGGAAUCAAGAGCAAGGAAACUUGGCAGAACUGAACAAAGAAUGA